UCAACACGAACACAUAUAGCACAACUAGAUUACUAGAGUUCAGACCUUAGAUCACACGCACACACAAGUAGCAGGGUACCACAAGAUGGCAGGAGGCGAAGAAGAAGAGGUGAAGCUGCUGGGCACGUGGGCGAGCCCAUUCGUCCUGCGAGCGCAGCUUGCGCUCAGCUUCAAGGGUGUGAGCUUCGAGAACGUCGACGAGGACCUCGGCAGCAAGAGCGACCUCCUCCUGCGCUCCAACCCCGUGCACAAGGCGGUGCCGGUGCUCAUCCACAACGGCAGGCCCGUCUGCGAGUCGCUGGUCAUCGUACAGUACGUCGACGAGGCCUUCGGCGGGAUGGCCCUCCUCCCCGCAGAUCCCCACGGACGCGCCGUCGCCCGUUUCUGGGCAGCUUUCAUCGAAGACAAGCUGGUGGCGCCAUGGCAAAAGAUGUUUAAGGCUAAGACCGGCGAGGAGAAGGCCGAGUGGAUGGAGCAGACCCUGGCUGCGGUAGACGUGUUGGAGGGAGGCCUGAAGGAAUGCUCCAAGGGCGGGAGCUUCUUCUUCGGCGGCGACAACGUAGGGUACGUCGACGUCGUGCUGGGCGGGGCCGUGCCAUGGGUCCACGCGACGGAGGCGCUCACCGGCGUGAGGCUCUUCGACGGCGGCAGGGUCCCGCUCUUGGCGGUGUGGUUGGAGCGCUUCGGCGCGCUGGACAAGGCCCAGGCGGUCAUGCUGGAUGCCCAGAGGCUGGUCCAGCACGCCAAGAUGAAGCAGGCGGAGGCCACGGCCGCAGCUGCGGCUGGAGAUGGCUAAAAUAAUUGACGCAAAAAGAAUUGGGUUGCGAUAUCCGAAUGAAGAACCACGGUGUUUGUUCAAAAAUAAAUAAUUGGAUGAUAGUCCGUUGCAGAAUAAA